UGGCGGCGUCUCUCCAGUCAGGCGACAGUUUGUAAAGUUGAGCCGCCUGCACAGUGACGUCGUGCUAGCUGCCACGCCUCCCCAUGUGUUCUUUCUUCUCCUAUAGGAGCUGCUGUCCCGCCGGGAACGCCUCUGCGCUGCGUGAUUGGCUGCCGGAAGUCCCGCCCUCCUGCUCAGCUGUGCGUCCUGGGGGCUCGGCUGGUCGCUCCUGUGGGUGCGGGGGCAUGCAAGCAUGGAGAGCGGCCUGGGGCCCCGGGGAGCGGCUGGCACACACACAGGUAACAGAGAUGAGCAGGUGAUACCCCGACAAUGCUCCCCGCAGGAGGGACACCCCGACCCAACAGGCCUUCCAUUGGGUCACCCUAGUGAGGUUUCUCCCCAAGGAACCUAUCCCAAGGACUUGGAGCCGAGCACCCUGGGGCCCGCUGUUAGAGAGGAACCGGAGCCGAGCACCCUGGGGCCCGCUGUUAGAGAGGAACCGGAGCCGAGCACCCUGGGGCCCACUGUUAGAGAGGAACCGGAGCCGAGCACCCUGGGGCCCGCUGUUAGAGAGGAACCGGAGCCGAGCACCCUGGGGCCCACUGUUAGAGAGGAACUGGGGCCCGCUGUUAGAGAGGAACCGGAGCCGAGCACUCUGGGGCCCACUGUUAGAGAGGAACCGGAGCCGAGCACCCUGGGGCCCGCUGUUAGAGAGGAACCGGAGCCGAGCACCCUGGGGCCCGCUGUUAGAGAGGAACCGGAGCCGAGCACCCUGGGGCCCGCUGUUAGAGAGGAACCGGAGCCGAGCACCCUGGGGCCCGCUGUUAGAGAGGAACCGGAGCUGAGCACCCUGGGGCCCGCUGUUAGAGAGGAACCGGAGCCGAGCACCCUGGGGCCCACUGUUAGAGAGGAACCGGAGCCGAGCACCCUGGGGCCCGCUGUUAGAGAGGAACCGGAGCCGAGCACCCUGGGGCCCACUGUUAGAGAGGAACUGGGGCCCGCUGUUAGAGAGGAACCGGAGCCGAGCACUCUGGGGCCCACUGUUAGAGAGGAACCGGAGCCGAGCACCCUGGGGCCCACUGUUAGAGAGGAACCGGAGCCGAGCACUCUGGGGCCCGCUGUUAGAGAGGAACCGGAGCCGAGCACCCUGGGGCCCGCUGUUAGAGAGGAACCGGAGCCGAGCACUUUGGGUGCCACUGUUAGAGAGGAACCGGAGCCGAGCACCCUGAGGCCCGCUGUUAGAGAGGAACCGGAGCCGAGCACCCUGAGGCCCACUGUUAGAGAGGAACCGGAGCCGAGCACCCUGAGGCCCACUGUUAGAGAGGAACCGGAGCCGAGCACUCUGGGGCCCGCUGUUAGAGAGGAACCGGAGCCGAGCACCCUGAGGCCCGCUGUUAGAGAGGAACCGGAGCCAAGCACCCUGAGGCCCACUGUUAGAGAGGAACCGGAGCCGAGCACUUUGGGGCCCGCUGUUAGAGAGGAACCGGAGCCGAGCACUUUGGGGCCCGCUGUUAGAGAGGAACCGGAGCCGAGCACUUUGGGUGCCACACUAGGGCCCAGUUUUAGUGCGGAACUGGGACCAACGAGUCUGGGGCCUGUUGUUGGCGCAGAGUUGGAGACAAUUUUGGGGCGCACUGUUACUGAGCCCUACCAGCAGCCAAUGCCGGAGGUGAAUGGUGAGGACACAGAGCAAGGGAUUGUGGGUGAGGGCUGUGAGAGUGGAAGUGCUGUAGAUGGGCCAGAGGAGGAUUCGGGCCCCGGGCCCAGUGAGGCUUGUGAGGAGAGCAGCUCCAGGGAACUAUCUGACUCCACAGAGAACACUUUGGAGGACUCUGGAGACUUCCCUACCCUUCCGCCAGUGGUUGGGGGAGGAGCUUCUGAUGUCUCCCCGCCCACCAGUCCCAUCCAUCGAGACGAGGACAUCAGUGCCGAGGGCUGGCGCUCCCGGAGGAAACAUGUCUUUGUACUGAGUGAGGCCGGGAAGCCCAUUUACUCUCGGCAUGGCAACGAGGAAGCCUUGUCCUCCACCAUGGGGGUCAUGAUGGCUUUGGUCAGCUUCGUACAGAGUGGGGACAAUUCCAUCCGCUCCAUCUACUCAGAUAACCAGAAGGUGGUGUUCCUGCAGGAGGGGCCCCUGGUGCUGGUGUCGGUGUCGCGCACCCCCCAGUCGGAGGAGCAGCUGCGGCAGGAGUUGCGCUACGUCUAUUACCAGAUUAUCAGUAUGCUGACCCAGGCCAGCGUGGCGCGCAUCUUUGAGCGCAAGAAGAAUUACGACCUGCGCCGGCUGCUGGCCGGUUCUGAAAAGAUUCUGGACAGCCUGCUGGACACGAUGGAGAUGGACCCUGGGGUUCUGCUGGGGGCGGUGCGCUGCGUGGCCAUUCCCAGCACCCUGAGGGACUCGCUCAGCUCCAUCCUGACCAAGGCCAUCACGCCCAACCUGGUCUUCUCCAUCUUGGUGGCCCAGCAGCAGCUGGUGACGGUGGUGCAGGAGAAGGCGGUGAUUGAGGAUUGCCGGCUGGACCCUGCCGACCUGCACCUCCUGCUCAACCUCAUCGGGGCAUCUUCUGCCUUCCAGGCGGGGGAGAUCUGGACCCCCAUCUGCCUUCCUCGCUUCAACCCUGAUGGCUAUUUCUAUGCCUAUAUCUCCUACUUGGACCCUCAGUGCACCGUGUGCCUGGUGCUGCUCUCCACCGACAAGGAGUCCUUCUACGCCGUGUCCGGCUGCAAGGGGAAGAUCCAAGCGGCCAUGGAAUCCCAGGGUUCCCUGCAAGCCCUGGGCGGGGCCAUGCGCUACUGCUCCUAUAGCGCCUCCCUGGUGGGAAUCCCGGAGCUACUGCACUUUGUAUACAAGCCCCUGGAUGUGCCCGAGACUUACCGGCAGCUCCCUCAGUUCACCAGCCCGGAAGCUGACAGUCCGUACGCCAGCGAGGAGGAGAGACAGCGGCUGUUUGAUCUGUACCGCUACCUGCACUGCCGGAUGCACAACUCGGCCCGCCCCCUGCGCCUCAUCUACCAUGUGGCUGAGAAGGAGACCCUGCUGGCCUGGGUGACCAGCAAGUUUGAACUGUACACAGCGUUUAGCUCGUUAGUGACGAAGGUGGGGGCCAUUAAUGUUAUAACGAAGCUUCUGCGCUGGAUUAAGAAGGAGGAAGACCGCCUAUUUAUCCGCUACCCCCCAAAGUACUCGACCACCCCUGUGCCAGGGAAGGGGGCCAAGGGCAGCAGGACAGACAGAAAUGACCCCUCUCAGAAUGGGUUCUUUACUGGCCUCUAACAUGGAGCAACCCAGAGAGAGGGGGGCCGGCAGAACCUACGCUCCGCCCACCCAACACCUGGCUCCACCCCUUUGUCAGAUCAGCACCAGUCCAGGAUGCCACCCAUCAGCCAUUAUGUGAUCUUCCAGCUCCCCGAGUCCUACAGAAUGUUCCGGCGUGGCACCGAGACCCAGGAGCGCAGGAGGGGUGGGAGUGGCACGUAUUGGGUCAGAGCAUCGCAGCAAGGUCUUCCCUCUCCAUUUCAGUCAUCAGGUCAAAGAGUCGGCCCAUGGUGGCUUCACUGACCCGAACCUGCACAACAAGAGUUGCCAUUGGCCCGUCAGAACACUGGGAGGAGUUACGCUCACUCCAGAUACUGUCAGAACCUCCCCCCCAGUGGCAGCUGCAGGGAGGCUGGGAGUUGUAGUCCAACAGCAUCCGCAGGGCAGAGGGUGGGACACUACGGGGUUACAGUGGGUUCCACUUACCAUAAAUGUCUUUAACACCUUAUCCGCUGGGUUCUGGCCUUGUUGCAUCCAGAGAUCCACAAAGGUGCGGGGAAUGUCCAGCUUGGUGGCCAGUAGCCUCCAGUCGUUCCCUGGCGGAACAGAGAAGGUGGUUUGUAGCGGGCAAAGGUAAGGGGCCCCAAACUGUCUGCUCCAAUCACAGUCUGCCUUUUCUUAUCAUGUGCCCUGCUGCCAGCAACUCUCUCCUGCUGUUUGCCAGUUGGCACCCAAGGCUGGCACCCUGGCACUGCAUGAGGGGGUACGGGCAGCAGGACUGUUGUGACAGUUUGGGGGGGUCGCACAUCCCCCUGGGUAUAUAUAUAUAUAUAUGGUAUUUGUGUGUAAGGAUUUCCUGUAUAUUGGCUGAUUACAGAUGGGGCUUAUUUUUGGAAAUGUAUCGUGCCCCCCCCUUGGUGCUACCGUGUACAGACUUCAGUGUAAAUGAAUUACAGGACUCCCCGGCAGAGAAAAUAAAGUAUACAUUGACAGGA